UCCUUUCCUGAAGUACUGCAGCGAGGGAGCACUGCAUCGGAAAAAAACUCACUGCGCUGGCAAUUACCUCUGACUCACAUUACUAUUCUACAGUAAAAAAAAAACACAAGAAUAUUUUUGUUUCACCAUUAAGCGAAAGCGGAGUCUGAUGCGAUGGGUAACUAUCAGCCCAGUUCACUCUUCUAGCCAUAAAUGACGCCUGGCCGAUGAUUGCCACAGCCAUUGUGGGUUAUCUCCUGUGGUGACUCAAGAGUUUUCCUCCCUGCUGCAUCUCGAGACCCACUGAUCUCACCAUUCCUGCAAUUCCCCUGCCAGCGUACACUCUUGCCCCUCUUCCCUCUUUCUUCUACUUCUAAGUAUUCUCUGAACCCCUGUGAAGACCUACUGGUGGAGCCAUAAUGGAGGACACUUACAAUAACAGGACUUCCCUGGCUAAGGGGGCCAAGGACAUUGUCAAGGAGGCCAAGCGGCAUGCAACAAAGAAAGUCAACAAGGUGGUGGAUCGCGCCACAGAUGAGUACUCAUCCCACCACAACUACAGCCGAUUCCAGGAUGAGGAGGACGAAGAUGAGGAUUUCUACCGGAACCCUCCGAGGCAGGACGGAGAGAGCUACCCUGACAACGAGGAGGGCUCCAGUGAUGCAACAGAGGGCCACGAUGAUGAGGAUGAGAUCUACGAGGGCGAGUACCAGGGUAUCCCCUCCGCAGGAGAUAGGAAGCAAAAGGAGGGCCAGGUGGCACUGGGGCAACCGGUGUCAGAUGCCACAAGGGACCGUAAGGGGCUGGAGCAGGAGAGACAGGCGGACGAGGAGGAGCUGGCCCAACAAUACGAGCUGAUUAUCCAGGAGUGUGGCCAUGGGAGGUUCCAGUGGCAGCUGUUUCUGGUGCUCGGGCUGGCACUCAUGUCAGAUGGGGUGGAGGUGUUUGUGGUGGGCUUUGUGCUGCCCAGCGCAGAAACAGACAUGUGUGUGCCCAACUCCAGCUCGGGAUGGCUAGGCAGUGUUGUUUACUUAGGGAUGAUGGUUGGAGCGUUGUUCUGGGGAGGGAUGUCUGACAAAGUGGGUCGCAGACAGUGCCUCCUCAUUUGCAUGUCCACGAACGGCUUCUUUGCCUUCCUGUCAUCUUUUGUUCAGGGAUACGGCCUCUUCCUCCUUUGCCGUCUCAUCGCGGGCUUUGGGAUAGGAGGUGCUGUGCCCAUCGUUUUCUCCUUCUUUGCAGAGGUGUUGUCCAGGGAGAAAAGAGGAGAACACCUCAGCUGGCUGUGUAUGUUCUGGAUGAUUGGAGAGAUCUAUGCAUCUGCUAUGGCCUGGGCCAUCAUACCACACUAUGGUUGGAGUUUCAGUAUGGGCUCAGCAUACCAGUUUCACAGCUGGAGGGUAUUUGUGGUCGUCUGUGCCCUGCCCUGUGUGUGUGCUGUGGUGGCACUUACCUUCAUGCCUGAAAGUCCCAGGUUCUACCUUGAGGUGGGGAAGCAUGAUGAAGCCUGGAUGAUCCUCAAACAGAUCCACGACACCAACAUGCGAGCGCGUGGGCAACCGGAGAAAGUCUUCACAGUAAACAGGAUCAAAAUCCCCAAACAGCUGGAUGAACUGGUGGAAAUGGAGUCAGAGUCUGCCAACCGAGUUUCCAAGUUUUUCUUCAGAAUAAAGACUGAAAUACAUGGGAUCUAUCUGAAUCUCAUGAAGUGCUUCAACUACCCUAUGCGAGAAAACAUGAUGAGACUAGCCAUAGUGUGGUUCACGCUGUCAUUCGGGUAUUAUGGCCUGUCAGUCUGGUUCCCUGAUGUCAUCAAACACCUUCAGGCAGAUGAUUAUGCCUCCAAAGUGAAGCUGCACAAUAAUGAACACAUUGAAGACUUCACUUUCAACUUCACUUUGGAGAACCAGAUACACCAAAAUGGCCUCUUCAUCAAUGACCGAUUCAUCAGUAUGAAGCUGAGGUCCGUCACCUUCAUUGACUCUACCUUUCGUAACUGCUACUUUGAUGAUGUGACAUCGGUGGGCUCCUUCUUCCGUAACUGCACUUUCAGUGACGCUUUCUUCUUCAACACAGACAUUGAUGAAUCCAAGUUAAUAGAUGGCACAGAGUUGAUCAACAGCACAUUCACACACAACAAGAAAGGAUGCCAGAUGACGUUUGAUGAUGACUACAGUGCCUACUGGGUUUACUUCAUCAACUUCCUGGGGACUCUGGCUGUUCUGCCCGGGAACAUUGUGUCCGCCCUUCUCAUGGACAAAAUUGGGCGUCUGUCCAUGUUAGGUGGCUCCAUGGUCCUUUCAGGCAUCAGCUGUUUCUUCUUGUGGUUCGGCACCAGUGAGUCCAUGAUGAUUUUCAUGUUGUGCCUUUACAACGGCCUGAGCAUCUCUGCCUGGAACUCCUUGGAUGUGGUAACGACUGAAUCAUUCCCUACUGUCAGGAGAGGAACAGGCUUUGGAUUCUGCAAUGCUCUGUGUAAGCUGGCUGCAGUCUUGGGGAACCUGAUUUUUGGUUCUCUUGUUGGCAUCACAAAGGCCAUCCCCAUCCUCAUGGCCUCGUCUGUGCUCGUCGGGGGAGGCCUGGUUGCACUCCGGUUGCCUGAUACCAGGGAGAAUGUCCUCAUGUAACACUGGCUUGGCAUUCAUCAGCUGGGAUAAAACCUGGAUAAAUCCUGGGUGAAUCCGAGAGAAAGCCCCGGGAGCUUUGAGCAAGGAGUGCAAAUGGCUUGGUUCAAACAUACUGAAUCUACACUAUUAAUCACAUUCCGCUAGUGUACCUUAUGUAAAGCUGGAUAGCAAGCCACCUUUUAUCACAGUGUUUUACUUUUAUCAUACAACUCAAAAUCAUUAGAUUCCUUGUUAGUCAAUAAUAAGCUCAGCCAUUUUGUGAAUAUAUUAUCUGGAGAUUUCACAUGACAGAGGUGAGAGUUUGCACAGGUUUUGGUACUGAGACUUUGGUGGAGUUUUGUUCAGUGACUGGUUGCCCCUUCCAGCUGCAGCCAAAACCUUGUGUGGAGUCACUGCUUGGUUAGAGCUCAAGGCUUUUAAUAUUAAUACAGUCUUAUUUAGACAAGCCAGAUGGGGAGAAGAGUGAAAAACAAGUUGUAAUGAGCACAGCCAACCUUCUGUUUGACUAAGUAGGGAAUAGAUGAUCAGACAGAGCGGACACACGACACAGCUGUGUGACAGCUGUCUUGCCCACAAGACUCACGUACACAGGACAUGUUGUAGACAGUGUGUACAAAGUCAACAUAAAUACCAAUUUGUAAAACCCCACACAUAGAUAUAUGUGCAAAUGCAUGUCUUAGAAUAGACUGAUACUCAAAUAUACCUUCUCUUUUUUUUCUACACUUGCACCAUACUGGACACACGAUACUGUAUUUUGCUCGACAUGACAUUUGCUCAGACAUCUGCAACCUUUUCAAACUAGAUAAUUCAGUUAUGACGCUAAGCCCUUUGCAUUACCUACCCAACCAAAAUUCAAAAAGGCCAUAUUGAAAAACUUUUCUUGUACCAAUAAUUGUAUGGUAUGUUGAAUCUGAUGCUGCUUAUUUUGUUUUCUGCUUAUGCUUUGUGUUAUUGUGGAAGAUGAAAUGAUGAAUUAUUCAUUUUAUCCAAAUGUUGUUACUCCAGGUCCCCAUCCAUGUGUUGUAUUAUUGUACAAAGGCUCUCUGAUGAGCUUUCCUUCCAAUUUAGCUUGGUGUUGGAUCUUGCUUGUGGCAGUGACGUUGAUAAUGACAUGUCAUGUUGCUUCCUUUUAAAAAUACUGAAUGGCCUUUUUUUUUUUAAAUGUGCCUCUCCUUAACUGGAGCAGUCUGCCCAUAGUCAUGUGAUGUCCAGUGGUUAUAAGUAACAGACAGAAACUGAACAGGAAGUAAAUAGAUACAAUAAUCAUGCCAUUUUGUGUGUGUAAUAUGUGGCCAAUACAGUAUUUUAUUAUAGUGUGAAUUCAUUUUUGGUUUAAACCUCAUCCCUUUUGUUAGACAUAAAUAUUUUUUUCAAAUAAAACUUCUAUUAUGGCGAGAUAAGCCUCCUGUGCUCCUGAAAAGAAAUUUUUUGUUACCAACCAAAUUGUUACCAACAGGUAAACAACGAUUCAUAACAAGAUUAAAUGGUGUAAAUUACCAAGCAUGACUACAAAGUAAUAAUGUAAAUAACAACCACCUCUUUAUGAGGGCUAAUUGGUGCCACCCAUGAUGAAAAUGUCUCCUAAGGAAACUUUUUGGCUCUCUUUUUACUUUAUAUUUUGAAUCAUCUGGGAGAAAUUCAACUGAAAUUGUGUCUGCAUACCUGCUACAUUUGAAGUAAAACAAAUACAAACAAAUAAUACAUUUAAGCACUGUCAUUUGUUGUGAUUUAGCAACACUUUUGUCUAAAAUCUAAUUAUUGCCAUAAUCUCACACUUGAAAACAUGACCUACCUUAUACUAGUUAUUAUGUCUCUUGUCUUUCAACAUUGGAACCUCAAUGCAUACUGCUAAAGAUAAUGAUAACAUCACGUUUCUAUAUUGAAAGUGUUACAAUACCUUUAAAAAUUUUAAUUGAUAUUGACAUUUUUCACAUUUAAUUUGUGCCCGUGGAUUGUAUUUUCUGUGGCUAACAGCCUGUGACCUGCUUUUCUCUGCAUUUGUGGUAUGUGUUAUUGCAGCGUAGAAGUAGUUUACCCUUUGCACUGCAUUUGGCUCUGUCAAGGCUACUCAACAACAACAAAAAGGCUUCCAAAGUGGUACUGUGCAUCCAUUUCCAUGGACACAACCUUUUCUCAGACUUUCUAAAUUCAGUUGGAAAUAUUAUGAAGUGUGCUGCUAUUGUGCAACAGAUGUUUUUUGUCAAUAUGAUUUCAAUAUUUUUAAAACAAAAUUAUAGCACACAUAUUCUAAAUAAAUGCACUGAUAUUAAAAGUAACGACUUCUGCCCAGUGUCAAUCCAAUGCUAUGUCUGUAGCAAGACUUAUAGAAGGAUUAAUUUCUGUUAAGUUAAGUUUCUGGAUGAGCUAAAACCUUAAUUAGUGGCAGAUCCACCUGUUGUGUUAUAUUGGGGAUACAUUAUAUUAUCUGUUAUGUUUAAGGUAUUGGGAUAUUGCUUAAAUGUACUGUAUUUGUGUGUGUGUGUGUGUGUGUGUGUGUGUGUGUGUGUGUGUGUGUGUGUGUGUGUGUGUGUGUGUGUGUGUGUGUAUAAGAGAGAGUACUGUAUGUGUGUGGGCCUGCAUAUGGAUGCAUGAGUGUAAAUAAUGUAGAUAUCAAAGCUGAUAUUGGUGGACUUCUGGGUAUUAUGUGUACAAGCUCCUUGAUUGACUCAUGUGUCUCCUGUUUUGUCCAAGCUAUAAGUCCAUCCACUGUAUCUCUGUUGUACAUCUCUGUGUCCUUGGCUUUAAGCCCCUAUUCACCUGCUACUCUGUGUGUGUGUGUGUGUGUGUGUGUGUGUGUGUGUGUGUGUGUGUGUGUGUGUGUGUGUGUGUGUGUGUGUACACACAAACUUGCAUGUAUGUGAGCAAACUUCUGUUCUUUUGUGCUCAACUUUGUGUUCUUACUGUAAAUUGUUCUGGCAGAAAAUGAUGGCAAUAUUUAGAUUUUUGUUGAAGAAAAAUGUGAAUGUAUCACUCUUGUAAGUUCUGUUCAUCCAUUUUAUGGAGGUAAUCAAAUGUAUGUGGAGAAUAAAGAUGUGUAUAUUAUUGUGAAGGGCCUGCCAGGUCCAUAAGUGGGAAAAUAUAUGAAGAAAUAUUUGCCAAAAGAUGCCCCUGUGAAUAUUGUUAGAAACGUAAAAUGCAGGGAUUGCAGACUGUGCUGCUUUUGAACAUAUAUACAAUAAAAGCUAUGUUCUCUA